GUGUCUGUGCUGUGUGCUCUCGGUGUCGAGACUUCGUUGGUCGUCGCCAUUAUUGAGUGUGUGCAGAGUUUUUGCUGCUCCCAUCCCCGUCCAAAGCGAAAACCCAUUUCGUCCGCGGGCAAGAGUUUGAAAACCUACGGCCCCAUAAUAACACCUUCUUGCUUUGGUUCACUGCUAUUCCGCCUUUGCCUGGGAUAGCAGCGUUUGCCGUAGUGAAUACUUUGGGGAUGCCGUAGCACGUUGAUGGGGCAGCGGAGUGCCACUUGCCUCCUUUCCUACCUUGCGUUGGUCGUUGUACGAUCUUCUUUCGGUCGGGAAAAUCACCCCAUCAUCAUGCCGCCAGUUGCGGAAUUGGUCCGCCAGUUCAUGAGCGAGCUGGAUGCAGUGGAGGGAGACGUGUUGGAUCUCGCGUGUGGAAGCGGGCAAAAUGGCUUGUUCGUCGCGCAGUCAGACCAAGACAAAGGCCGCCGCGACCGCAAAGUGGUGCUGCUCGACAGAAACAUCGGGGAGGCCGUCAGGUGCACAGCCGACCUUCCAGAGGCUACCAGAGAGCUCGUGGUGCACCAAGAGACUGACCUGGAGACGGAGGAGAACCCAUCGCCUCUACCCAGAGAGACAUUCGGGGCUGUUCUAGUGUUCAACUACCUGCAUCGUCCUCUCGUGGCCAACCUUCGCGACUCCGUAAAGCCGGGGGGCUUGGUCCUGUACAAGACCUUCACGUGGCAGCACCCGUCUGUCGGCGUUCGUCCGUCCAACCCGGCGUUUCUGCUUGGCCCGGGCGAGCUCAAGGAUGAGAUGUUUGCCGGGUGGGAAGUGAUAGAUUUCUUCGAGGGGGUGGUGGUGGUGGAGGGUAACGCCUCAGCCGAGGGCAGCGGUGUCCGGCGAGUGGCGGUGUCGAGCAUCGUGUGCCGGAAACCGGUGCCUGCGGUAGUGGUAGUCGAUAGAUCUGUCCCCACCGAGACGUCAGCACCCGUAGAACUGUAAGUAUAACCGAUAUAGAGGCGAGGUGUGCCUAGCCUAUGAACACGGUUUCGAAUGGAAGACACUGUAUAAGGUAGUCUAAAGAUAGUGCAAGUUUGCAGCACCU